GGAAGAACGUUGUUCUCAGACCCUGAGAAAUCUGGAUUUUCUAACAGUGUGCUACCUAAAGGAAUUGAUACUUGUAGCUUUCUUGCAAUUAGUUUUUUGGUAUUUGUACCUCUCUUUCCGUAGUUUUAGAUCAAGAAACAGCAUGAGCACAACUCAACGAAAGCGCCGGGGAGGAGCAGUUAAUUCUAGGCAAGCUCGGAAACGAAACAGGCUGGUGGCUUCUACUGCAGAAAUGGCUUCAGAAGCAGAGCCAAUAGAACUUGAAGAAAGUGCUGGUGAAGAAGUUGUAGAUCUCACGUGUGAAUCUUCUGAGCCUGUAGUUGUUGAUCUAACUCACAAUGAUUCUGUUGUGAUUGUUGAAGAGAAUCAACGACAAAGGAGAAAUCUUAGACUAAGAAGCCAGCGACAGUCGGACAGCUGUGUAUUGAGUAGCGAUGAUGAAGAUGAACCAAGAGAUAGCGAUGUGUAUGUGACAGAUAAAGUUUCUCGAGAAUUGGGACCACUGGAAGAUGAAACUGCAGGUUCAAAGCCGUCUGGUACCGUUAGCUGUCCGAUUUGCAUGGAUGGCUACUCAGAGAUUGUACAAAGCGGACGACUGAUCGUGUCAACCAAAUGCGGCCAUGUCUUCUGCAGUCAGUGCCUCCGUGAUUCCCUUAGGAAUGCCAACUCUUGCCCAACCUGUAGGAAGAAACUGACUCACAGACAAUAUCAUCCCAUUUAUAUAUGAGUACUUCUGUUUCUCAGGAGAGACUCAUCUGGAUUUUGGGGGAAAAUGUCAUGUUUUCGGUGCUCUGAAGAUUUAAAGAGCAGCAGGUUGUGCACACAUCCAAAUAAAACUGAUUUUUUU